AUGGCAUCAGGACUUGCGUCCAAGAGGCUGGCCAAGGAGCUUUCUAAGAUAUCUGUCAGCCUACCUCCGGGCAUCUCGCUCGUCUCCGCCGAGAAUCUGGAAGAAUGGUAUCUCGACAUCCAAGUACUCGAUUCGAACCCACUCUACGCCGAGCAGAUAUAUCGAUUGAAGCUCAAGUUUUCACAGUCAUAUCCCAUAGAAGCCCCCGAAGUCACCUUUCACAAGACGGAUAACCGCCCGAUACCAAUGCAUCCACAUAUAUACUCGAACGGCAUCAUAUGCCUCGAUCUCCUUGGUCAACAGGGCUGGAGCCCUGUGCAAAACGUCGAGAGUAUAUGCAUGAGUAUACAAUCUAUGCUUACGAGUAACACUAAGAACGAACGACCGCCAGGCGAUGAAGAGUUUGUACGAAGCAACAGAAUGCGCCCGAGAGAUAUCGCGUUCAUGUACCACGAUAACACUGUAUAG